AUGUUUGCCCCUGAGAGAGAUGAUGCUAUCAAAGACGAGGUUCAAAAGUUGAUGGUGGUGAAGUUUAUUCAGGAAGUGUACUACCCGGAUUGGUUGGCCAAUGUAGUAAUGGUCAAAAAGGCAAACGACAAGUGGAGAAAGUGCGUAGAUUUCACUGACUUAAACAAAAUAAGGAUGGACGAGGCAGACCAAGAGAAAACAUCAUUUGUCACCAGUCAAGGCUUAUUCUGUUAUAAGGUGAUGUCAUUUGGCUUAAAGAACACAGGGGCGACAUAUCAGAGAUUGGUCAACCACAUGUUUCGUCUGCAGAUUGGGCGGAAUGUGGAAGUCUAUGUAGAUGAUAUGCUGGUGAAGAGUCAAGACGAGGGAAGACAUUUAGACGACCUGCAAGAGACAUUUGACACACUGAGACAGCGUGUCCACAGGAACCCGAAAACCGACCCACCUACCCAAACCGCCCGGUCCAACCCAAAAACCGACCAACCUGACACCGAUGAUGGUCGGAGACGGUUCUCCGCCACCAAAAACCGAUUUAGGCGGAUCGGAUGGUUCUUAGAAAAGCAUUCGAAUGGAUCAAUGAGUGUCAGAGAGGAGUUAUAUUUAUACUUAGCAGUAACCCCGCAUGCCGUGAGCUCAGCAUUGAUAAGAGAAGAAGAUAAAGUGCAAAGACCUGUGUACUAUACGAGUAAGGCAUUGAGGGGAGCGGAAGGACGGUAUCCACAAAUGGAGAAAUUAGCCUUCGCAUUGAUCACCGCUUCCAGGAAACUGAGGCAUUAUUUCCAAGCACAUGUCAUUAAUGUCAUGACAGAUCAUCAGCUCAAGAAGGCAAUGAAUAAACUGGAAGCUGCAGGAAGAUUGAUCCAGUGGGUUGUAGAGCUCAGUGAGUUUGACAUUAGAUAUCAACCAAGGCAUGCCAUAAAAGCUCAAGCACUAGCAGAUUUCAUUGCGGAGUUUACCCCAAGUCAUGAUGAGACAGAAGACAGUAAGAGAUGGGUCGUCCAUGUGGAUGGUUCGUCUACAUGGCAUGCAGGUGGAAUUGGUGUGGUCCUACAAUCCCCAGAAGGAGACAAAUUGAAACAUAAGGUUCGUCUGCAGUACCAAACAAUUAACAAUAAAGUCGAGUAUGAAGCCCUCCUCAUAGGGUUAGAAUUGGCUAAGUCUGUGGAAGCCAAAUCUAUACUCGUCUUGAGGGAUUCUCAGUUGAUCAUGGGGCAAGUAAAUGGGAUGUAUGAAGCAAAGGAAGAACGGAUGAGAAAGUACCUUAAUAAGGUGAUGCGCCUUAUGAAAAGAUUUGAAAAAGCUGAUUUCGUUCAAAUCCCAAGGGAGGAGAACGUGGAAGCUGAUACAAUAGCAAAAGAAGCCUCAGCAAAUGAAUCGAUGGACGAAUUUGAUGAAGUUCAGUAUAUGCCAAGUAUAGAUAUCCCAGAAGUACAACAAGUGGAGAGCAAAGGAAAUUGGAUGACCCCGAUUAUAUCAUACUUGAAAGACGGACGACUACUAGAAGAGAAGGACAAAGCCAGGAAGUUGAGGGUGAGAUCGGCUAGGUACGUUCUUAUAGACGAAGUGCUGUACAAGAAAGGCUUUUCUCAACCUUAUCUUAGGUGCUUGGCUCCGGACGAAGCAAACUACGUACUGAGAGAAGUUCAUGAAGGAGCAUGUGGCAAUCACUCAGGAGCCAGGUCACUCGUCCACAAGGUCGUUCGUGCAGGGUAUUAUUGGCCAAAUAUGCAAGCUGAUGCUAAAGCAUACGUCAAGGGAAUAUGGCCAGACGAGUUACCAGGUGUUUUAUGGGCAUAUUCCCUAGCCUAUGGAAGCGAAGCAGUUAUACCUGCAGAAGUACAUAUGGCCAAUCAUAGGAUGAUGAUGUAUCAAGACAAGGAUAAUGAGGAGCAACUCCGUUUGAGCCUCGAUCUGAUAGACGAGGUAAGGGCAGAUGCGGAGCACAGGGCAGCAAAGUACAAGAACCUCAUGGCUAGGCAGUAUGAUGCAAUGGUGUAG